CACGAGAGAAACCAUGACCAGAGCUGCUGCCAAGACUGCCGCUGAACCUACCCCUGCCGCCACCACUGAAGUGGCCCCUGCCGCCGUGGACGCUGCCGCCCCCGCCGAGUCCAAGAAGCGCGCUUCCAAGAAGGCCGCAACCUCCAAGGGCAAGCCGGCCGUGAAGAAGGGAGCUGUUUCCAAGAAGAAGCCCGCUGCCAAGGUCGUCGCCAAGGCUGCCCCCGUUGCCGCCAAAGCUUCCACUGGUCCUUCGUACUAUGACUGCAUCAAGGAAGCCAUCCAACACUUGGCCGAACGCAACGGAUCGUCUCGCCAAGCGAUUUCCAAGUUUGUGCAAGGCAAGAAGACCAACAACUUCCAAAGCCACAUGUUGAACAAGGCGUUGAAGGCCGGCGUGGACAGCGAAAAGUUGAUCCAAGUCAAGGGCUCGUACAAGUUGGCUGCUUCUGAAAAGAAGCCCGCGGCUGCUAAGAAGAGCGCUGCCAAGAAGGUUGCCGCUGCUAAGGAAGUGGUCGUCAAGAAGGUGGCUGCCAAGAAGUCCGUGACUUCUAAGAAGGCCCCUGUGAAGAAGGUCGAAGCGAAGAAGGCGACGCCUGCUAAGAAGUCUGCUGCUCCCGCCAAGAAGGCCGCUACCCCUGCCAAGAAGGUGGCCGCCCCCAAGAAGUCGUCGAAGAAGGUGACCAAGAAGGCGGCUGCGUCCAAGCCCGCCAAGCGAACUGCUAAGAAGUCGGCGUAAACAGCCUGCGACGUCUGUCCUAUUUACGAGUCAACGAACGGUCCGACUCUUCUCCAAAUCGGUGUUUCUAAACACCACCCAACUUGCAAGAAAUGUAUUUGAAGUGCUCGUCUCGUAGUUUUUCAUCUAAUAUACAUACCAGGUACCUAUCUCCGA